CGAGUCUCGACCUCACUUUUUAUACUACGCUUCUUCUUCUUCUUCUUCUUCUCUCUCUCUCUCUCUCUCUCUCUCUCUCUGGGGAUCUGAGGCUCUUUGGCAACUCCGAUGCUCCAAUGGAGGUGGAGGUUUGGGCCCAGGACCUUGGAUCGAGAUGAUGAUGGCGUCAUAGGAUGGCCAUGAACCGGAUCUAUAGGGAGUCUCUCUUUGGUGGGAGCUCCGCACGCGCUGGAGACUUCAUGGAUGGAGAUGAGAACCUGGAUCUCUUCUCGAGGAGACGACGCACUCAUUUGAUCUCAUCCCCCGCUGAAUCAAAUGGCCAUGGAGAGAUGGGGAAGUUGGAUGGCUUAUCGGUGGGAUCGGGGAAGUUGAGGAGCGGAUUGGAUGAUCUCAUGGCUUCUGAGCUUGGGAAACAUGAUUAUGAUUGGCUUCUGACACCACCUGGGACCCCACUUUUCUCUUCUCUGGAUGUGAGCGAGCCCAAAAUAACAACAACAGCAGCUCCAAAGAACAAACCCAAUGUUAGAUCAGUCUCAACCACAAAAGCUUCAAGGCUUUCUGUGUCACAUACAGAGAAUGGCCAUCCCACAAGACCAGCUAGAAGUGUUUCAGCAAUGCGCCCAUCUAUCUCCACUACACAUUCAUCCAGUUAUCUCUCCAGUAACAAUAGAACAUCGGUGCUUAACACUAGUUCAGCCUCAGUCAGCUCCCGACCUUCAACCCCUGGCAGCCGCUCCACCACUGUAUCUUCUACAAGAACAUCAGUUCCAACCUCUCGUCCAGUGCCAUCACGCUCAUCAACUCCAACACGAACACGCCCAUCUACUCCAACACGAACACGACCGGCACCAGCUUCUUCAGGGGAUAAACCCAAACCAGCACACAGUUCAAGGCCUUCAACUCCAACUUCCCGGCCUCAGAUUCAUACCAAUUCAAUCUCAAAUUCUUCUGUACCAAGUUCCAGAUCAUCAACCCCUACUCGUCGCACACCUGCAGCCACAGCAACCACGAGUAUAACUCGUUCUCCCUCUGCUGGCAGAGCUGUGAAUAGACCCGCAUCCCCCUCCAUUGGACGGCCCUCAGUGACAAAUAAACCUUCAUCACGUCCGAGUUCGCCAGCCCCACGAGCCCGAGCUCCAGUUCAUCCGAUCACCCUCCCUGAUUUCCCACUUGAUGCACCUCCAAACCUUAGAACUAAACUGCCAGAGCGGCCAGCAUCAGCUGGUAGGACACGACCAGGAAUGGCAUUGACUGUACGGGCAGCUACAAACACUGAGCCAACCCCUCCUAUGAGUUCAAACCGUAGGAGUUCUUUACCCAUUGUCACAAAGGGAAAGUUCCCGGAGAAUUCACCAAAGGGUCGGUUGCAUAGCAACGGACAUGAGGUCACACCUGCUGAUGUCCAAAAGGCCAUGGCUUCAGAGGCUGCAUCUCGGAGGACUGCGAAGCCAGUUUCAACGACAGAGAGUAAUGGAUUUGGGAGGACUAUCUCCAAGUCAUCACUUGACAUGGCUCUCAGGCAUAUGGACAUUCGACAACAUAUUGGAGGUAUUCGCGGCACAUCACUCUUCCCUCAUAGCAUUCGCUCAAGUCCAAAAAGCCGAACUGCACAGACCUCAGAUACGAAAGUCCCAGUUGUUGACAUCCGAGCUAAUACGAACUCAAAUGGUCAUGGAAUGGGCUCCGAGGAACACAACGGAGCCAUGCUAGAGAAUGGAGACAACAUGCUUCGGUCACCAGAUGGCGAAUCUUUCAUGACAAGAGCUAAUGAGCCAGACCCCUAUGGGAGCUACCGUUACGAUACCAUUCUGCUAAAAGAAGACUCCAAGAACAUGAAUUGGCUGCAUAGUGUCGAAGAUAAGUCCGACCAGAGCCCUGAAUUUGACCACCGUUUUGAGCCAUUGCCGGAGCCUUUCGCCCCCGUAUGAUUAUUCUAAUGACAUAUAUAAACUUCAGUGAUUGUUAUGAUUUUUUCCAUUUGUUAUUAGUGUUGUUGGGUAAUGUUUUCAAUUGAUGAAAGAAGUGAUGUUGAAGUUCAAGACUGUACUGUCUGUUGCAUCUUUUGAAGCUAAGAAGUACCGUAUCACUUGUUGAUGGAUUAAAGGUCUGGAAAGAGUGGACUUUAUUUUUUU